GACAACCCCAAAACCAAACUGCAGCUGAUUUUUCUCCUCUGAUCACCUGUAUUUACAAGCAUUACGUUGCAGCUUUCGUAGGAAAUGCACGAAAUGCGGCGUCUGGGCUCCGUUCAGCAGAAAAUACCGUGUGUUUUUCUGACUGCCGUGAAGGAAGAACAGUCCCGAAAACGCGACUGUCAGCAAUUUCAGGUUGUUGCCACUGAAAAUGUGAACCCUGUUGCUCUGGAGGCUAACAUAGAUGGUGCAUUUGCCACAGAAAAACUUGAUGGUACCUGCUGUUAUGUUACAGUUUAUAAUGGGCAGCCUUAUCUCUGGGCUCGACUGGACAGAAGACCCAACAAACAAGCAGAGAAGAGGUUUAAAAAGUACCAACAUUUGCACAAGAGUUGUAAAGGUUUCAUGUGGAACAUAGAGGAAGAUUUUAAAACCGUGCCGGAGACCUGGAUCCCAGCUCACAGAGUCAAACAUCACAACGGCCAUCCAGUACCUGAUGAACACGGACAUAUUCCAGGCUGGGUUCCAGUGGAGAAGGACAACAGGCAGUACUGCUGGCACUCCUCUGUGGUGGAUUACAAAGCUGGGACUGCUCUUGUUCUCAGGCCUUGUUGUGACAAUGAAGACAUGUUAGAAAUCACAGCAGUCCCAUUAGCCGAGCUCCAGGAACAAACACUGGAGCUUAUUGGAACCAACGUCAACGGAAACCCUUAUGGAUUGGGCAGCAAGAAGCAGCCUGUCCACUGCCUGGUGACUCACGGCAGCAUUCCAAUCAGAAACCCACCACCUGUGGACUUCCAGCAGCUGCGCUCCUGGUUCCGGGAGAAUCCGGACGGUCGGGUUGAGGGGAUCGUCUGGCACUGCAGUGACGGCACUCUCAUCAAGGUUCAUCGUCAUCACCUGGGACUGAGGUGGCCAGAAGAGGACACCUGCCUUGGUAACAGGCCGGUGGUCAUUCGUGUCGACGCGUUUGACAGCACGGACUUGUUUACAUCCUUUUUAACACUAAACGGACACUGCUUCAGCCGGCUCCAGGACAUCCACUUUGAGCUGUGAGCGCACACAGAGAAAACAAAGUUCCCUUCUCUUCGUAUUCUGUGAGGACCUGCCACUGACGGCUCCCUGGUAUUUCACCUGUAAUUCCAUGUGAGUGAUUUAAAAUCCACUGUUUAGAGCAGUCCGUUUAUUCCACAGAAGCAGAUGAAGGACGCUGAUUAUGAACUGCUGCUUUUUGAAAACAUGAAAGAAUGGGAGCAGUUGACAGUGAGUGAGCAGUUCAUGGAAGAAAUGUGAAAAGUGACUGAAAACGUUUAGCACCAAAAAUGAACAGAGGAGUGAAUUAAAAGCUUUGCACUUGUCUUCAGAUACAUAACAUGUAGAGUUUAGUCAAAAAAGACAGUUUUGCACUUGUUUUGCAGAGAUGUGUUAAUGUUCUUUAAUGUUAAAAUAAGUGACCAAC